GGCCCUCGUACUUCGCACGCAUUCAUUACCCAGUCGUUAUCAAGUGCGCGCAAUACCUGUCUGCAUACGGACGGUGCGUACUAGAAAACCAAACCUACACAUAAAUAGAAUUUGCAAAUGAUUACCACCUGCUUUUUAUUACGCUUCAUUGAUGUUUUCGCCCCGAGCCUGCACUGUGCAUUUUAUAUGAAUUGUUACAAUUGAUCGAGCUGAGCUGAUCUGAUCGGAUCGGAUCUGAUCGCUUUUGUUUUCUGCACUCCUCUCUGUCUCUCUCUCCCUCCCUCUCCCUCUCCCUCCCAUACUUGCUUUUCCAAGAGGCAUGCCCAUUGCCCAUUAUCCACCAACGACCCCCCCCAGUCCUUUCCCUCUUAUCCACUUGUUACGACUCUCCUACUUUCCCGAGGAUCUCUCUCCGACCACUUCAGCCUCAUACGAAGGGAUACAAGUCUUCAAACACGCAUCGCCAAUUCAAUCCUGCACGCGAUUCGCAAAUGUAAUGUUUUUCGCCGCCUGAAACAAGAAUCAUCACCUUGCCUCCUAAUUAUCCCUCGGGGUAGGAUCAAUGUUGUUCGACGUUUCUCCAAAAUGCCACUACUCCGUCGUCGUGCUGCUGCCAGCGAUGCUGAAAUGCGACGACAUAGCUUCUUGCCGACCGAUGCAAAUACUUUAAACCCAAUUCUCGAUACCGAACUUCCAGAUGGCAGAGCGAGUGAACAAAUGCCACGACGUCCUUCGCCUGGAGAUUUUCAAUUAAACACGGCAGAGCCAGGAGCAAUGGCAUCGUUACCCAUGUUACAUAGGCCUGCCACAGAUUAUCCCACUGCGCUUCAGCGAUCGGGCUCACCACCGAUACAGGAGGAAACGUCGAAACAUCGUCGCUUCUCUAUGUUAAGGUUUCGACAUGCUUCCGACUCACAAUUGUCCACCAGGUCGCGAUUACAGGCUCAGAGUGCAAUAGCGGAAGAUGCUCCUCCAAUCCCUCAGCGCAAGUAUUUUCCAUUUGAUGUCAUUCCUCCGCAUUUAGGGGCUUUUUGUUUGUUCAAAUAAUUUACUUUGACGAAAGAAUUGCUUGCUUGCUUGCGUGGUCUACCUUCUUGGCAUCGUGCUGACAACAUACCAGCCCCAGAGAUUAUCACUACUGCUCCAACCAUGGAUUUCAAUGGAGGUCGCCCAAGUAAGAAAAAGUCGCGCGUCAGACUUCCUGGCCGUACCAAAUCGACUGUUGUGAACAACAAUCGAGCGAAGCAACCAGAGCUACCGCCAUCACAACCAGAAGAUACGUCGGAUAUCGAAUUGCUCUCGAAGAAAGAACGCAGGAAGACAAUGUCAGAGUCGGGCCCGAGCAAUAAAUCCCGUGUUACUUUUGACGAACCAAAUCGCCCAAUGACCCACGGCAAUGGUGGCUCUCCUCCUGCAUAUGGAGACGAAGCAUCCUCGGCAUUGGCUCUACCAGUAAAUAGACUUUCGGAAUCUUCAAGAUCAGAUGCAAGCUCGGGCGAACAUGGUGUGUAUGCAACGACGACCACCACCACGCAUACUGUCCAAACAACAACUACCUUCUUUCGUCUUCCUCGCCGGAAGAAGCCCGCCCCAUUAUUCGAUCUCAGCCAUCUUCCACAAAAGUCCGCGCAAAACGAUGCUUCAAAUUCGCUUUCUGUCACGAGGUACCCCACUGCUCCUUCAUCCGACUCGGUUCGGGCCAUAACCCCCAAAUCAUCGGAAGACCUGACGCCGCAAGGUUCGCAUUCUCCAUUCCCACCGUCGCCGUCUCACACCCCUUCAUCUCCCAGUGCUUUGAUGAAGACAUCGUCGGGUGUAGGUCGGCCGGGCACCCCCUUAUUAAGGCAAGGGUCCACUGCGUCAUCUUCGAGAUCGUCACCUACCCGUUCCAGAUUAACACUGCGCGGACGUUCAUCCACUCUGAGCUCGUUGAGAAAUGCACCAAAUGAAGAUUCUCUACCGACACCCACAUUACCGUCAACCAGGACUUCUACAUCCACUGGUAGGAAAAGUUUUGGCGAUUUGUUUAAUAUUACAGCUCGGUUGCGCCAGAAUCCUGAACCCGCGAAUAAUUCGGGACCUACCACUCCUGCUUCAAAUACUUCGAAGAACAAUUCUAUGCAACUGAACCGAGAAGAGGCUAUCAUUCUGCCGGAACGAUUCGAUGAUGAUACACCAGCUAAUUACUUAGUCAGGCUUGAAGAGGCAGUUAGUCGAGGUGUUGUAGCUAGUGUACUGUCGAAAGGGACAGACUCUUUCUCCCAGGCUGUUCUUCGUAGCUAUAUGAGAGGGUUUGGUUUCUUUGGAGAUCCUAUGGACAUGGCCAUUCGAAAGUUGCUCAUGGAAGUUGAGCUCCCCAAGGAGACUCAACAGAUCGACAGGUGCUUGCAAGGUUUUGCCAACAGGUAUCAUGAGUGCAAUCCUGGCAUCUAUGCAUCUCCUGACCAAGCCUACUUUAUCGCCUUUUCACUUCUUAUCUUACACACAGAUGUAUUCAACAAAAAUAACAAACACAAGAUGACAAAGGCAGACUACAUCAAGAAUACUCACGGUGAAGGAAUCUUUGACGAAAUCCUGGAAUGCUUCUAUGAUAACAUCUCAUAUACACCCUUCAUCCACGUGGAGGAUGACCUAGAUAUCAAUGGCGAAAGAAUCAUACCCCACAAAAUGAAAAAGAAGUCGAAGAUUCUUCGGGGAGGUGGCGAUCCUAACAAACGUCCUUCGAAAGAACCAGUUGACCCUUAUACCUUGAUUCUUGAUAGCAAACUUGAUACUCUGCGCCCCAACUUGAAGGACGUCAUGCAUCUUGACGAACAUUAUAGUUAUCUUGGCACUGCGCCGUCUCUGAAUCUACGAGAUUUACAAAAGACAUUCUUCAAGACAGGUGUUUUACAGAUUGUUUCCGCCAGAUCACGACCAGAUGCCUUCAUGUCGGAAAAAACUGUCACAAAUCCCGAGGAAGCACAAGCCGGUAUCGUGGACAUUAAAAUCACCAAGGUGGGUUUGUUAUGGCGAAAAGAUGCCAAGAAGAAGAAGACUCGCUCUCCGUGGCAGGAGUGGGGAGCUAUACUGACUGGUGCUCAAUUGUACUUUUUUCGAAAUACCGCGUGGAUCAAGAGCUUGAUGCAUCAGCACGAGACGCAUAUUAAACAAGGUCACGAUGGCACGCCUGUCAUUUUCAAGCCUCCACUAGAACAAUUCAAGCCCGACGCAUUAAUGUCGACUGACGAUGCAGUCGCUUUGGUAGAUUCUACCUACAAGAAGCACAAGCACGCUUUUGUCUUUGUGCGCCAUGGAGGAUUUGAGGAAACUUUCUUAGCCGACAAUGAAGAUGAGAUGAAUGAUUGGCUGGCUAAGCUCAACUAUGCCGCAGCAUUUCGGACUGCUGGAGUUCGUAUGCGUGGUGUGGUAGGUGGUAACUACGAAGGGCAACGUAACCGAGGUAUUCGUCGACUAGAUAGUGCAAACGAAUCCACCAGGUUCAUUCAAACACCUUCUGGUGAAGUUUCUAUAGUCAGUGGAAAGAUUGACAACAAAAUGCAGGACGAUAUUUUGGCCGCACGUCGCCAAAUUAUGCUGCAAAAAGUGGUUGAAGCCGAAGAAAAGCUUACCGUUGCAGUUAAACAGUUGGAUUCUCAACUUCGAAAUGCUCGCCACCUACAAAUUCUAGCUCCAGUUCAACCAAAGACUAGAGAGCAAGUUUUGUCAGCUGCGGCUCGCAUGGCUGCCCAAUUGAAGUGGGGUCGAAUGGAAAUUUGGCGUUUGAAGUGUCACAGGGAUAUUUUGAUUUUGGAUUUGGAUGAAGAGAAAAACAUGGAAGGAGAUUUUGUGCAGAAGACGGAUUCAAACGGAGAUACACCAAUGUCUGCACGAUCUGCUUUGAGCCGCUUGCAAUCCAAGGCAAGUAGCUUAGCACCGCAAGGCACGCCUAAAUCGCCAACAUUGGAUUCCAUUACUCGGCCUUCUACGUCCGGUCCAUCGCUUUUACCGUCAACGGAGAGGGAACACACAGCGGAUGACAUAUUUCAGGCAGCACCAAACUCAAUGCACAAAUCUCAAGCAUCUUGGGAACUUCCGCCUUUGGUUCCCAACGAACACGUUACACGUAAGCCUUCAGUUUCCAGUGUCGUACCGCCAAGUCCCAGUCUUGCCACGAUGCCAUCUCGUUCUAGCUUGAAUCAAGCUCCAACUUUGAGCUCCAAACCUUCGGAUCCAAAUCUCGAUGCUGCAGAGCAAUCUGUUCUUGAACAAACUGGGUUGGUCGAUUCAGACAUGGCGAGCGAAGAGAAUAAAGAGCAGUCAACUGAGAAGGACAAGUUUGGCAAAGGCAAAAUUCGUCGCAGUAUACAUCAAACGUUGCGUGAGGCGCAUGUUCCAGCGCAUCACCGUAGUCGAAGAGGCAAGGACUCAAAUUCUAGUGCUGGUAUGUCAGAUGAAGGCACUACAGAUGAAAUACUCUCUCGUGGUUCUGGAAGCUUCGUUGUACAUGGCAAAAAGGCUUCGGUCAUCACGUUCGGGACGGAACUUCAGAGCAUGUCACCAGAAGAACGCUUACGUCUUCGUAAGCAGCCUCACAAGGAUGACUCUGAAGCAACAUCUCCUGCUACUAUCGAUGACGACUUUCACUCCGUACUUGCUGAACCAAUUGAAUUUCGCCAGCGCCAUAAUUCAGCUGCAAGUACAAGUACAGCAACUGCCAUGAGUUUUCGGGAAUUGCAUAGAAAAUAUUCCUCGCAGCACUCAGACAGACCUCUAAACCUCGCGGUCAACGUAGAUGACGACGACGAAGCGGCAGUAAGUAUGUCUGACGGCCGACGAAGCCCAUUACCCCCAGUCGAGGACGAAAACGAAGACGAGGAUUCAAGUAGUAAUGAAAGAACAAAAUUCUACACUCCAGAUCCCUCACCUCGUGGAGCCGAGUUUGAUGAGCAUUCGCUAGUUGAACCGAACCCACAGUACGAAAUUGAACACAUCGAUUCGAAUGAGCGGCUACCUAGUCCAACUCUUCAAACAGUCGGUGCUUGAUCGACCCACCAUGUUUUAUAAUGGUAAACUACCAACACACCCUUUCCACAUAUCCACACAACAUUUUCAUAUCAUUUUUCUUGUCUCUUCAUUUAUUUCGGCGAAAUUAAAGCAUAGCGCGCAUGCAACUAUUCUAACGACGAUCCUUUAUAUAUCCAUUUCUUGACUUGCGGCGGGCUCUUUUUACAAUACCUAGGAUGAUUGAUAUUUGCGGGAAGCGAGAAGGGGAGGAUUUUUUUUUUUCGCAAGAAUUAAAAGUAUUUGAUGGUUCAUUUUUCCGGGAGUACCUUUUUAUUUUUGACUUGGUUUUUUUUGUUUUCCUUUUAGUGAAGUUUACACUUGUUGUAGUGAUUAUUUGGGACACAUACUUUUGAAAGCAUUUAUAGUGCGUAUGUAUACUAGCGGAUGGCAUGGGUAGGGAUGGUGGAUAGGGUGAAUGGGAAGGGAAGGAAAGUACGGGCUGUAAGAUGUAUCGGGUUAGGAUCCAAAUAUUUCCAUGUGAAGGGGCUGUCUUAUGGUAUGGCACAUGGUUUCGGCUGCUGAGGUCAUGGGCCGGAUUGGCGUUUUUGGAAUGGGGAUGUAUUCGCUUUUUUUUUUAUAGAAAGGGGUGGAUGUGAUAGUAGGCGAGAAUUGGGAGGUCUGAGGAAUGGGAUGAUUCGAGAUGACGAGAGAAGAGAGAAGAAAUUAGGAGUGGAACAGUUGUUUGUGGAAAAUCAAAAUAUGGAUGGGUCGAUACCCGGUGGCAGAAAAUGGGAGAGUGAGGAGGAUGAUGGCGGAAUGUGAUCGAAUGGGAGGGGAUGCAAUGAAGGGAAUGGAAUCGUAUCGAGUUGAAUUAAUAUCGGAGUGGAGUGACGACAGUAGGAAGAGAAAGGAGAUAGGAGACACAAAUAACAAUGAAGAUUC